AUGAUGCUCCCCUUUCUGCUGCUGGGCCUCGCGCCUCUCGCAGCUGCCGUGUUUCAAGACGAGGUCGGCGACAUCGACUUUCACUACUCGCUUCUCGGCCUGCCGCAGCCGGAGACGAGCUUCUUCCACAAGCCACGCAGCGACGACAAGGCAAGCCUGCUCUACACCCUCAGCGACCUGGGCGUGCUUGGUGCCGUGAACCCCAGCACUGGCGACCUGGUAUGGAGGCAUCAGAUCGAGGCCGAUGGCACGGGCUACCUAAGGGCACCCUUUGGCGAAAAUUGGUUGGCGGCCGCUCGGGGAAACAAGGUCCAGGCUUGGAACGCCCUCUCCGGCCGCAACAUUUGGCAGGUCGAGUUUCAAGGUACCGUGAAGGAUCUGGAGAUCCUCGAGCUCUCCGAGACCUCGCGCAAGGACGUUCUUGCGCUGUUCGACGAGGACGGCAUCACUGUGCUGCGUCGCCUGCACGGAGGCCUUGGUACCGUCGUCUGGGAGUUCCGCGAAAAUAGCAAGGACACGCCCCUGCAGAUUUCCAACAACAUCGCCAACAUAUACGUCAUCAGCCUCCACGGCACGCCGGCCUCAUAUAAUCUCAAGGUCAUCUCGAUCAACACGGCCACAGGCUCGCGCGUGGACCACUGGACCGUUGGCACGCAAGGCGACAUCCACGCCGCCAAGGACGUCAAGUUUGUCGGUGCCAACUCGGCCGCUCCCAUCGUUGCCUGGGCCACCAGGCCGUCCAAGCUGAGCGUCAAUGUUAUUGGCACCAAGACCAAGCAGGAAUUCAACCUCCAUACCGACGCCGAGUCGAUCCAGGUCCACGCACCACAUCUGGCCCAGUCCCAGCCGCACUUCUUGGUCCAUGUCCAAACCAAAGCUGACGCGCAAGGCGAAAAGAGCAACAAAGGUCUCGUCUUCCAUACAGACCUCAAGACCGGGCAGAUAAAUCUUGCCUACGAGCUGCCUUCCUUCCUCGGAGAUGGCGCCUUUGCCACGAGCUCCGACGGCGCCAACGUCUAUUUCACCCAGGCGAGCGCCGACGAAUCGCUUGUUGUGUCGUCCGACUCGCACGCCAUUCUCGCCCGCUGGCCCGUGAAGAACACCAGCCCCGUUCAGGCUGUCAGCGAGGUCAUCAAGAAGCCGAACGGUGAGAUUGCCAUGCGCUCGGCGGUUGUCACUCGCUCCGACGACUGGACGCUGAUGCGCAACGGCGAGCGCGACUGGACACGCCACGAGGGUCUUUCCGGCGCCGUCGCAGCUGUAUGGGUCGAGAAGGGCGAGGGCGAGGACCUCGCCAAGGUUCUAGCCGAGGAAGCUCAUACGAACCCGAUCUCGGCGUACGUGCACCGCGUCAAGCGCCACCUCCGGGACCUGGAACGUCUCCCCGCCUACCUGGCGAGCAUUCCCAAGCAUCUGGUCGGAAACAUGGCCGGAGCCGACGAAGGCGUUGACACGUUUGGCUUCCAUCGCAUCGUCGUCGUCGUCACCCGUCGCGGCCGCUUCUACGGUCUCGACUCCGCCAGCGGCAAGAUUCUCUGGACGAAAAAAUGGUUCUCGAGCUUCGAUAGUAGAGGAAUACUGGCUGACGGGGAUACGGUGACUGCCUAUGGCGCGGGUGGUGAGCACGCCGUCUUCAACGCCAGCACCGGCGAGGCUCGCAGCGUCUCCAUCGGCCCCAGCGUGUUCGGCACCGCCGUUGUUGAGACAGACACUGGCAAGGUCCUGCUGCCGCAGCCUGGCCCCCCGACGGAGGAUCUCAUGGUCAUCCGCGAAGGGGAAACUAUCAAGGCUGUUCGACGAGGUCAAGACGUCUGGCAGCUGCGCCUGCUCCCUGGACAGAAGAUUGUUGACAUUGCCACGCCGUCGCCCAACCCCAUCGCCUCGAUUGGGCGCGUAUUGGGCGACCGCCGUGUCAUGUACAAGUACCUCAACGCCAACAGCAUCGUCCUCGCCAUCUCCAAGGCUACCGAACUGACCAUCCAGCUCGUCGAUUCGGUCUCUGGCCAGGUGCUCACGUCGCAGGUGUACAGUGGCGUCGACUCGUCCGUUUCAUGCACCGCGGCCGAGAACUGGUAUGCCUGCUCCUUCUUCGGUGACCGCCCCGACGGCGCCAAGGGCUACCAGCUUGUCGUAUCGGACCUGUACGAGUCUCCAGAGCCCAACAACCGGGGACCGUUGGGGGAUGCGGCCAAUUUUUCGUCUCUCAACCCUAUCGACAACCCAACCGGCGUUGCGCUUCCGUGGGUUGUCUCGCAGGCCUACAUCCUCUCGCAGCCGUUGACACGCCUAUCGGUCACGCAGACGCGUCAGGGAAUUACCACCCGGCUCCUCGUCGGCUACCUUCCCGAUGCCCACGGUAUCGUCGGCUUGUCCCGCCACGUCAUUGACCCGCGGAGGCCGGUCGGACGGGACCCUUCGGCGACCGAGAUGGAAGCCGAAGGGUUGAUGAGGUAUCACCCGGCCCUAGAGAUUGCUCCCCAGACGAUGCUCUCGCACGAGCGCGACCUCCUCGGCAUCGCUGGCAUCGAGGCAACGGCGACGCUUGUAGAGAGUACGAGCAUGCUGGUGGCCUACGGCGUCGACGUCUACGUCGUUCGCGUCGCUCCCAGCGGCGUCUUUGACAUUCUGGGAAAGAGCUUCGGCAAGGCAACACUGGUGGCCACCGUAAUGGCGCUGCUGGGCGGCGUCAUGUUCCUCACCCCGAUGGUACACUUUUCACCCGUUGCGUUCAUUGAUCACAAAGCUGACAACUUGCAGGUCCGGAGGAAGCAGAUCAACAUGCAGUGGGGAGCAUUUUUGUAA